AGGGAAGGGGGGGGAAAAGAGAGAGGGAGAAAAUCCUCCGUCGCCCCCUCCCCCUCCCUAGAAAAAAAAAUAGCUAGACCGCGAGCGAGAGGAGGGGGGCUCGCGGCGGCGAAAAAUAAAUAAAAUAAAGAAAACGGCAGGAGCGGCUCCAGCCGGCAGCAGCGGCGGCGGCAGCAGGGCAGCGGCGGCGGCGGCGGCAGCCGAGGCGGAGGCAGGCGGCAGGCAGGGUCCCCUCGCUCUCCGCUCGCCCCCGGCGCCCGGCCGGCCGCCUCCCCCCCGCCCCCCGCCUCUCUCCCCGGCAGCCCGCAGCGAGACGCGCCGCUCCCCAGCACUUUUUUGGGCCCGAGAUAUGGCAAUGGUAGUUAGCAGCUGGCGAGAUCCGCAGGAAGACGUUGCCGGGGGCACUCCGAGUGGCCCCAACCCCGCCGCGGCGCAGCCGGCCCGGGAGCAGCAGCCUCAGCAGCAGGGGGGCUCGGCAGCCCCACACACCCCGCAGACCCCCAGCCAGCCGGGACCCCCAUCCACGCCGGGCACGGCCGGGGACAAGGGAGCGGGCCAGCAGGGCUCGGGGCAGAGCCAGCAGCACAUCGAGUGUGUGGUGUGCGGGGACAAGUCCAGCGGCAAGCACUACGGCCAGUUCACCUGCGAGGGCUGCAAAAGUUUCUUCAAGAGGAGCGUCCGCAGGAACUUAACUUACACAUGCCGUGCCAACAGGAACUGUCCCAUCGACCAGCACCACCGCAACCAGUGCCAGUACUGCCGCCUCAAGAAGUGCCUCAAAGUGGGCAUGAGGCGGGAAGUUGCAAGCUUGUGCAUUCACUGUGCAACGCUGACUGCAGGCUUUUGCAGUGGCAACAGCUCGCCAAAGAUAUUAAUUACACCGUCCCCUUUUUUUUCCACGAAUGUUUGGCUAUUCGGUUCAGCGAGGAAGGAUGCCACCCACCCAACCCAACCCCGGCCAGUAUGCCCUGACCAACGGCGACCCCCUGAAUGGGCACUGCUAUCUCUCGGGAUACAUCUCCCUCCUGCUGCGGGCCGAGCCCUACCCCACCUCCCGCUACGGCAGCCAGUGCAUGCAGCCCAACAACAUCAUGGGCAUCGAGAACAUCUGCGAGCUAGCCGCCCGUCUGCUCUUCAGCGCCGUCGAGUGGGCCCGCAACAUCCCCUUCUUCCCCGACCUGCAGAUCACCGACCAGGUGGCCUUGCUGCGGCUCACCUGGAGCGAGCUCUUCGUCCUCAACGCUGCCCAGUGCUCCAUGCCCCUCCAUGUGGCCCCGCUCCUGGCCGCCGCCGGCCUCCACGCCUCCCCCAUGUCGGCCGACCGCGUUGUCGCCUUCAUGGACCACAUCCGCAUCUUCCAGGAACAGGUGGAGAAGCUGAAGGCGCUGCACGUCGAUUCGGCUGAGUACAGCUGCCUGAAAGCCAUCGUCCUCUUCACCUCAGCAAUGACUAAACAGUUCCAAUAAAUGUGACUUAAAACUAGGCCAGGGCAAAAUUGAAAGCAUUCCUGAACAGAGAUGGCAAAUCGUUCAAAGGUCUUGUUUAACACUGAGCAGUUUAUAAUCCAUCAAUAUUUGUUGCCUUUCAUGCAUGAAAGAUAGUAUUUACAUUGUAUUAAAAUGACUCCUAAAUUUACACAAUAUUGUAAUGUAGCAAAUGUAGUAUUAAUAUCGAUUUGAACAUCAGAUAAUUUAUUUAGACAGGAGUAUAUAAUUUGUAUGCAGGGUGGUCGGAGACGUGUACUGUGACUGCCCCCUUUUACUUCCAGUGCAAAUGCAGUCUCGCAGUGUUGGAGGGAAUAUUUCUUUGCAAAGGAUAACUUGCAAAUCUUAGAACAAAUGGAAGAUUUACUGAAUAGCCAGAUCGACAUUUUAAUGUAUUUUAUCAUAAUAAGUCUUCUUGAUGGAAACAUGUUUUUCAAGAGUGACAAAGAGACCUGCCAGCAUUUAUCAGGCUGAUUUAACUCCACAGCCUGCCUGCAGACUCACAGACUUUCCCUUCCCAUUCAUUUCAGGGUGCUCAUCAAUACGCAGGGACAGUUGAGGAGAACCUUUCCUUUUUUUUUUUUUUUUCCAGAUCCAACUUGAGACAUUCUUCCUAUGCAGAGCUAGGAAGAUGGCUGGCCUGUGUCUCAGCCUUUCUACCAGCCAAAGGCCCUUAGAAAGAGGCUACCCCUGAUGGGGACACGUUCGAGGGGAUAUUUUACUUUUUCCUCUCUUUCUCUUCUCUCUCUCCGCUCUCUCCAAUCUCCCCCCUUAACCUGCCCAAACGAGCAAUGUUGGCUAGAAACAGGGUAAGUGGUUUUAGAGGACCCCUUCAUUUACAUAUAUUAAAAAAAAUGUAAUGACACUUGUGAGGGAAGAAUCCCCUUUCCACAAUGGAACUGAGAGUGAAUGAGGCUCAGGAAGGGAACAAUAAUAUUAUUUUGGAGCAGGAUCACACGAGGCAUCUCAGAAAAUGGAAAUACAGCUGUCAGGAGUAAUCUACCGCUUACCCCCAUCCGCACAUUUCAACUUCUCACUAAACUUGUUUUGAUUGCUUAUCCAGAGGGGAAUUCAUAGGAAGCCUUUCUCAAAGUCAUCCAACUUUUUCACUAACUUUGACUGAUGGAAAAGACAUUUUUAGGCAUUGUGUCCAAAUUCCUUUGCUAAGGACUAAGUGUUUAAAGCUGGCAUGGGUUUCUCCUGUUGUAGUUUUUACAUUCGGGCUCCAGAGAGCAUGUAUUUAAUCCGUAAAAUUCUGGACACCAUCCAAAGACUGGGUCGUAACCCAAAACCUGCUCCUUUCUCACCUACUUUCCCCUUCCUUCCACUCUCCUCCUCCUCCACCCCUCUAUCCCUCACCCCCAUCCCUCCACGGCCCUGCUGCCAAACUUUAGUGUUAUUAAUUCCUGUAUCUACCUUUUCCUCAUCAUAAAUAAACGUUUCCAGGAAGAGAUAGAGACAGAUAACAUAAAUUCAAUAAAUCUAUUUGCAGCGCAAUAAGAACUUUGAUUUCUAGUUAGGUGGCAGCUGAUUACAUCUAUAUUUUCUGAACACUAAACUCUUCUGAACGUGUAACAUGAAAUACAUACCCGCCACUACGAAGGGGAAGGCUGGAGUGUGUUGAACAGUAAUGGUUAUUUAUUUACAUAAUUUCUUUUCCAUAGACUGCAAGAAGAAAUAUAGAGCUUUCCCUUAUUGACACACUGCCACAUAAAAAACCGAGGCACACACAGGAUUUUCACAUUAGCCCACUUUCUGGGAUGCAAUAAUAAUUCACUUUCAGUAAACAUGGAUUGCGUUAUUUCUCCCACGGAUUACACCUCUCUGGGCUGCAUAAUCGAAUCGAGCUGUGGAUCCCUUAAUGAUUAUUAUUUUUAAUCUCGUUCUGAGGGGAGAGUUAAACCUUCUCACCGCCACCUUUAAGGAUACAGAAUGAAACCCAAAUAAAGGCAUAUGCCAGUCCAUUUAAAAUAAUUAAAGCUCAAUAGAUAUUAUUGGUAUAAGAAAAUUCUGAACGUUUGGAGGUCUAAGGUAAAACCCAAGGCGUAUUUUUCAAACACACACACACCAGGCUACUGCCCUUUUAGAGAGCAAGUUCCCCAUCCGUAUUGUCCAGUGACCUGCAGUUAUAGGUGCACUUAUCGUAAAUGUCUGAUAAAUAUUUUACUAACCUUAAGGGUAUGACAUAUGGGGCAUAAAGAAAAAAGCCCUGCCAGGGUGUCAGUAAGACCCUUUCAUAUUGCAUUGUUUGGAAGUUGAAUAGGAUCCUAAUGCAUAAUGGGCAGAUAAUGCAUGUAAAAUAGCAAGAUAUAUGUAAAUAUGGAAUGUGAUUUGUGGCAAUCAACAUAUGAACAGGCCUGUGUUUUUGAUAUGUAUUGCAAACAAGAACAGGCCCCAGCUUUUGAUAGAUAUAUAUGUUGCAACCUGGUGCUUUAGAUGUUGCAAAAUAUCAUUGCAUUAAAGGUACAGUAUGGAUUAGUGGA